CUGGCCCUGGGACAUCGGACAACACCCACAGGCCUCAUCUCACGUUCUCUCUACGCUCCUCUUGCCUUCCCGGGGCUCUACGGAUGCGGAUGCCCUGCUUGGAUGCUUUCAAUGGGACAUCUGAGAUAGAGAGAGACACGCGAGAAGAGCCGGACCCUGUCAUGCUUGUCCGCAAUAGCCUAUCUUUCAGCGUUCAAGGAUCAGCUUGUCGUGUCUACGAGUCUCAUCUCCUCAGCAAGCUCAGCUUCUCCUCUCCACUUCGUACUGUGGUACGGAUAGGACUCUCUCACAACUCUGACAGUUGGAUCAGCACGACAGCAGGAAGCAGCGUCGCAUUCCCCCAAGGCAAGGCAAGGAAGGCCUCCACGGCCAUUUCGCCCCUGGGGUUGUUCGGCUUGCAGCCUUGCUAGCUUUGGUAGCGGUUAUUAGCAUAAUAACACUAGGAAAAAAAGCAAAAGCAAAGCCGAGCAAAGCGCACAGAGCGACGAGUCUGGCCCCCUUGUCCUCGCUCGCGCGCCCACUAACCACCCACACCCUUCUCUUUGGCCGCGUCGACGACCAACGGGGGACAACGGGGGAGGGAUGGGGGUCAUCGGGACGGGACCCUACAGGCACAGGCAUACCAGAGACAGGAAACGCCGUGUCGCCCAACGCUCGCAAAAUUUCCGCCAGCCCACACGCCCAGCAGCGCUUGUGCUGGGUGCCCAGUUGCCCACACAAUCAGUCCUGCUGGAGACGGGGCGCCGGGGGCGGUAGGAGGAGUCAGGACUCAAAGGACCUGUGUCGUGCUUGUUCGGCCGAGUCGAGAAAAGGAGAAAUACCUCGUCUGCCCCCUC